UCCUUUACGAUUUCAAAAACUGGUAAGCGAGUAUUCUAGCAAAUGGGCUUAAAAUUAUGUCUCAAAGAAACAGUGAAAAUAAAUUAAUUGAUUUACACAGAAGAUUUUGUGUUCGAAAGAUAAACAACAAAAAUAUGGACGCUAUGUUAUAAAUAACUGUACAAAAUAUAAUAAAAAAAUAAUCAGUUUAACUUAGAAAACGUUUUUUUUUAAUUACAGUUUAUACAAUAGAUGUUGAGUAUUUUAUUGUCUUAAUCAAACUCAUGAUUUAUUAAAACCGUAGAAGAAAAUUGAAAGGACUCAAAAAAGUUUAACUUCCUUUUCUCAAAACGAAUCACUACGAAGAAACAACAAAAUCUUCCACCAAACAGAUGUAAAUUCCACGAAACUGAUUUCGCGAAAUAGACACUCUGUAAAGUGGAAAGCGAGGGCCAUUUUGGCGCCAUAUCGGACCGCACAGAAGUAGAAAGUUGUAUUAAAUUUUUAGUAAAGAUUUAUCAUUGAAAAGUUGACUAAACCAGACGAAUUUUAAAGCGUUACAAAUCAAACACAUGGUAUGAGUUUCCACACAGUGCCAUCAACAGAAACACGACGGAAGUACAACUGUUCGAAACACCAACUGCAAGUAAACGGAACAAAACCACCGACAUCCACCGACAUCGUUCAGAAAGUCCUUCUUAUAGAAUGGAAUUUAAUUGGUGAGAAAUUUAUUAACAACACAUCACUUCAUGCCCAACAAGAAAAUUUAAGGAUUCACAUCUUUUUUAAUAAGUCCGAUAAAACUGGGUUAAACAUUCAAGAACUUCGUGAAUCUUUUGGAAGCUGCGUCACCCUACACGAAAGCCUAACAGACUCACCGGCAGCAGCAUGGACAGACUUACUAGCUUAUUUAAUCAAUUUUUACACGAAAACACUGAUUUCAUGCCAUCACUGUUCCGUGGUCCAUCCACCUCCGAAAUAUCAAGUCACAUUAGUGGCUAGUAACGAAAACCGUUACGAUGAGUUAAAAGCGUUGUUAAAAUCGAACAAAGCCGAAACAAACAUUAUAGACGGUUGGAAGACGAACAUCCUUGAUGUAUUCCAUCAUGUAUGUCACGAAUGUAAAAUUAUCUUUUCAACGAAAUGCCAGGCUGAAAAGCACGACAAACAGAAACACAAUUUUUUGUGCGGAAACAAGUCAUGCGAGCGUAGCAAACGUGAAAACGGAUUUUUCAAUUAUAUAGAAUUGUCCGAACACGAGACGAAACAAAGAAAAUGUGAAUUCUGCACGAACGUGGUUUAUUGCGACAUCACGAAGUUCAUCGAACAUAUGGAUGAUCACCACAUCCCUUGUGGUUGCAGCUGCGGAAAAUACUACCGCGAUACUGAAGAAUUCAUCCAGCAUUAUUGCGGCAGGUUUCCUUUACCAUGUCUGGAAAACCCGGAUUGUGAAACAAGAUUUCGGAAUAUCGAUGAGCAAGCGUUUCAUCAUAAAACCAUACAUGGCUCAGCUAACCCGUUUUUUUGUCUCGCAUGUUAUGGUGAUGCAAAGUUAGUUUGUUUGCGCACUGCGGAGGAAUUGAUGUCGCACGUGAGUGAAAUGAAUCACAAGGAGAGCGAUUUUAAUGUGGUGAUAAUACCAGACGAACCAGAGGAAAAACAUACUGAUCUCUGAGCGUACUGAAAAGAAAAUUGAUUAAUUAACACGUAGUCUCCAAGACUUUUUUAAAAACUGAAAAUCUAUAUGAAUUUUUGCAACUACCAUAUUCGCCACUGGGCGCGAUACCUGGCAACAGGCUUCAACGUUGACUGGGCUAGCCAUUGACGAAAAAAAAAACUUUCUUUUACAGGGCCUCUAGUUGAAUAUUGUAAGAUUGAGUGGUUACGAGUUAUGGCUAUUAGCGGCAUGUAGGUGGCCUUGGUUUUACGCAAAUGUGCGUAGAUUGGGUUGAAUCACUGAAGCAGAAAAAAUGCUAACGCUAAGGGCAGACAGUUGCGUACCCUGAUUAAACAAUGGAAGUGAAGUUGGAAAUACUGUAAAGUUAGACUUUUGAAAUAGAAGUUAACCUUUCAUCAACCUUAAACCUUUAAAGACGUGUUUUGAUAAAGCAUGAUGUGCACAUUACCGAGUAGAAAAAAAGUUUUGAAAUAUACUCAUCAUAAAAAUACUCUAUUGUCUACUGUUACUACCCUACUUAGGGAUACGAAAUGGUACGUUAAUUUUUAAUCUUAGUGACUUACGCAAACAUCAACUUAAGGGAUUGCUGUCAAUUUAUCUUGACACUAGGAAGGAGCACAUAUAAACAGCCUUUAAUAUGGCGGACCAAGCUGUGGAGAAAAUUUCACUGGCUUCACAGUGCCUGGUGGAAGAUAUAGUAAUCACAUUCCGAUUGUGGCGACCACAUUUUGUUUUUUUUAACAUUUUUCGUUAAUAAAUUCAUUUGAAAUUUAAACCGACAAAUAAAAUAAAUCUUACGGCAAAUUUUUUUAAAAAACAAUUUGUUUUUAUAGCUAUGUCGUUCUAUCUUUUUUUCCUUUACGAUUUCAAAAACUGGUAAGCGAGUAUUCUAGCAAAUGGGCUUAAAAUUAUGUCUCAAAGAAACAGUGAAAAUAAAUUAAUUGAUUUACACAGAAGAUUUUGUGUUCGAAAGAUAAACAACAAAAAUAUGGACGCUAUGUUAUAAAUAACUGUACAAAAUAUAAUAAAAAAAUAAUCAGUUUAACUUAGAAAACGUUUU